AUGUCUCAAUCAAAUAGCCCACUACCCCACUUUGACGAGCACGUGGAUCACAUCUCAACUUUCGGUGCUGGAGACCAGUUCGCCCUCUCACCCCUGCCACCAUCUCGCCAUAACCUCCCCUCACCAUCUCAUCAAGAUCCCCCCAACCAGCUCAUGUCCGCCUUGCCAUCUGAGGAGGGCGUGGCGAGAAAUGGCAAACUGUUGACGUCGGACCGCGAUACAUUCGAGAGUAACCAAUUCGAUAAUGAUCCAAUUCUUCUCAGGGGCAGCGGCCUAUGGGAUGGAGCAGAUCACCAGUUUCAACCACACGAACUGCAGCGACCAAGAGCGGUAUCUGUUGAGGGCAACAUCGUCCGGGGUACUACUGUUCUCAUUGUGGGCCAUCAGACCUCCAAGGAUCUCAGAUCAAAAUGGCUGAAGUGA